UUAAAAAAAAUCUUUUAUCCGAUUAAUCGUCAAAGUAAUCAAUCAAUUAACGAGUAAAGUUAAGUCACAGUAAUAAUUCUGACACUUCAGGCUUUCCAUAGAAACAGGUGGACAGGUGAGCGCGGUCACAGCUGCUGAUGACGUUCAUUUAAAGUCACGUGAUCAAUGCAAUCAGUGUGUAUUGAUCAGUGUUUAGCGGUCUGUAGUGUGUGUGUGUGUGUGUGUGUGUGUGUGUGUGUGUGUAUGGGGAGCCGGGCCGGUCAAUGCCCGCCCCCUCCCCCCCGUUCUCUCCUCUGAUUGGCUGCCUCUCUCGUCUCGCGCAGCAGGCGCUGCUCCUCUUCAGAUCCAGGUUGAACCCGCGCGCAUCCAGGAGUCAUAUCGGACCCGGACCAGAACCUACAAGGAUCCCGACCGGAACAGACCCGAACUGGACUCUUUUCUGUCUCUCUUCCAGCUCGGUUCGGUCGAACCCUUCGUGGUUCGGUUCGGAUCUUCUUCCUCCUCCUCUUCUUCUUUUUUUCUCGCUCUUUUGCGCAUCUUGGAUCUCGUUCUGUCCCGGUUCCGACCGACAUGUGCGGAGAACCGAACCGGACCAGAGCGCACCGCACAGGGCUGUGAACGCAGGACCACGGCGUGCCGUUGCGCGCGCCCCCGGCCGUGCGCGUGAAUGAAGAGAUGGAGCGAAAAGUCCUUAGUCAGGUGGUCUGCGUGUGUUUCCUGCUGAGUGGACCGGUUUCCUCGUUAGAGCUGACCUGUGAGACGUUGAUCCUGCUGUCCACCAACCUGACAGCGAGGAUGUUGGUGUUGCUCAACCAGACGUUCACCAUCAGCAACUCCUCAGGUGUGUACUGUGACCUCUCGGUGGACGGCAUCGGGACCUGCUGGCCUCGCAGCGCAGCUGGAGAGCUGAUCUCCAGACCCUGCCCAGAGCAGUUCAAUGGCAUCCACUACAACACCACCAACCGGGUCUACAGAGAGUGCCAAUCCAACGGAACCUGGGCGCCUCGAGGAAACUACAGUCAGUGCACCGAGAUCAUCGUCCUGAGGAAGAGUAAAGUUCACUACCAUGUGGCCGUGAUCAUCAACUACCUGGGUCACUGCAUCUCUCUGGGGGCUUUGCUGCUCGCCUUCAUGCUCUUCAUGAGACUCAGGAGCAUCCGCUGUCUGAGGAACAUCAUUCACUGGAAUCUGAUCUCAGCCUUCAUCCUGAGGAACGCCACCUGGUUCAUCGUCCAGUUAACCAUGAACCCCUCAGUUACCGAGAGCAACCAGGUGUGGUGCAGGUUGGUGACGGCAGCCUACAACUACUUCCAUGUGACCAACUUCUUCUGGAUGUUUGGGGAAGGAUGCUACCUGCACACCGCCGUGGUGCUCACCUACUCCACCGACAAACUCAGAAAGUGGAUGUUCAUCUGCAUCGGCUGGGGCAUUCCGUUUCCCAUCAUCGUGGCAUGGGCUUUUGGGAAGCUGUACUACGACAACGAGAAGUGCUGGUUUGGCAAAAAGACAGGUGUUUAUACGGAUUACAUCUACCAAGGUCCUAUGAUCCUGGUCCUGCUGAUUAACUUCGUCUUCCUGUUUAACAUCGUUCGGAUUCUGAUGACCAAACUGAGGGCGUCGACCACCUCAGAGACCAUCCAAUACAGAAAGGCGGUGAAGGCCACACUGGUGCUGCUGCCUCUGCUGGGAAUCACCUACAUGCUUUUCUUUGUGAAUCCAGGAGGAGAAGACGAAGUGGCUCAGGUCGUCUUCAUCUACUUUAACUCCAUCCUGGAGUCUUUCCAGGGCUUCUUCGUCUCCGUCUUCUACUGUUUCCUCAACAGUGAGGUGCGCUCCACAGUGAAGAAGCGUUGGAUACGUUGGCACGACCGUCACUCCAUCCGCAGCCGGACGGUCCGCGCCACGUCGCUGCCCACAUCACCCAGCAGGGUAUCCUUCCACAGCAUCAAACAGUCCUCUAACCUCUGACACGCCGCCCCGUCCAAUCACAGCCUCUGAUGUGAACCGUCACCAAUCAGUUACCUGGAUUGGACCAAUCACAGUGCAGGACAAGCGUCUGCGAGGCCAAUCAAAAGGAAAACUGUCAGUCUAGACUCUGAUUGGCUCACAAGUUGACCAAUCAUUGGACUCCAUGACUCAGCUGCUUUUAACGGGUCACAUGACGCACCAGGCAGCUACAUUCAUGUAUUUAUUGAUCAGGUGUGUGUGUGUGUGUGUG